AGCACACUCUUGCGAACCUGUGGCGCCCCCCUCGUCGUUACGCCCCAUCGCACUUGAUAUUUACGCUCGACAUUGGUAGUGCAGCCCGAGGGUUCUUCUAAUUCGAUUUCGCAUACGCAUCAUUUUCCUUCCAACUCGGUACUUUAACUUUGGUGAGGAGGAAUGAGUCGCAUUGAAUUUUUGAUUCUCGCCACACUCUGGGCGACUUUUGAGAAUUUAUUACGUCAACAUCGCCUUUGCCUUUCCUCGCAUAAAUUUUCCCUCAAAAUAGAACUGCACAAGUUUUUUUUUGGCCUAGCGAUUUCGUUGCGACGAGUAGCACAACGAACUCUAGUUACGUAAAGAAGAAAUCGCAAUCUAUUGAUACCCGAUUGAUAUUAUCUACGUAGUUGAUGCGUCACCCUCUCGCCUCGCGCAAAUACUCGAAUCUCUUUAACGAAGUAUCUUCCUCAGCUUCACGACCUCACCAAAAAAAGUAUAUCGAUGCUUUCUACAAAAUAACGAUAACCGUUGAUAUCAUACUUUUUACAGCUAGUAGCUAAGCCUAAGAUUUUUUGUUACACCGAACUUUUAAAGUUCGCGCUAUUUGUUUCAGUUUCGUUUCUAUUGUUACAUUUGUCUACGUAUUGCUAGAUCUGCUUUGGUACUGUUUCAUUCUUUUUAUCUGUAUGUUAUUUUGCUGAAGUAAAAUAGUUUUUCAUCAUCUUUGUUUCGAUGUCACCGCUUUACUGAUUUUUACUGUCUUCAAGAAAAAUCGAUACGUUUGGUUUCAGUUUCUUGUCCAACGAGCUCACGCUGGCGCUAGGAAGAUUACCCUUCACUUGGUUUCUACUUUUUCAACAUCUGCAACGAUCUUCUUUUUGAGCAGUAUUUUUCGAAUCCCUGCUGCUUUCACGACGACCACCAGCACACCUUGAUUGCUUCACCUCGACGCGGUCUACGGAGCGGCAACAUUAUACAAGGUUGCUCUACUUGUACUUCGCGGACGAUCGUUCAGCGGCCGAGUUUGUGAGACCGACCUGCGUAGUGUUGUUGGUGCCUUCAUUACGACCAGCCAGCACCUGCACCUCCCGGCAUCAACGAUCUGCACCAUUCAUUGGCUCGAAGAGUUUGACUUUUGCUGGGUCGCGAGCAGAACGAAACGCCGGAAGUGGAGAGGCCACUAAAAAACGAAGCAAGAAGGCCGCGCUGGUGCUGCAGAUGUUGAGGAUGAGGCUAGUGCAGCGACGAUGAUUUUCCGCCGCCAUGGCAGCUGGUGCCGCUGAAGUUGAAGAGCAAGAGUCCUCGUUCCUCGGUCUCGAGGAUAAUUUCUAUCAUCAACGUGAUUUUUACCAGCUCCAAAUGCCGGCAACGCUUGGUCGUACCUACUCAAGAUGAACUUUCACUCGUCCCGGGGCACAACAACCAAGUGUGAUGUCGACCACCAUUAUUCAUUUCUACGUCUAGUCUUUGAAAGAUUUUGGUGAAAUCAUUCCCAAGCGAAUGUUUUAGAUCUACAACUUGUACUUCUACAUCUACUCUCGACAACCUACUUCUUCACCGCGUGGAGCAAAAAUUCCUGUGCGAAUAUUAACAAACCGCGGUGAAUAAAGCGAAGAGUUGUCGUUCACGACGACCUACUUGGGACAACGACGCGGUCCUGAAGAAAGGAAAAUCAUUCAACCGUAACGACCGCAAAAUUAACCGUAAAUCCUCUACUUCUAUUGGUAUCACCAGUACUUGUACUUCUAGCGGAGCGCUCUUUUUUCGAAAAUGCCGGAGAACUCGGGUUCCGACCUGAGCAAGCCGAACAGUCCGGCGUUUGACGCAGCGCAGCCCCGGUCACUCACACCCAACAAGAAAAUCCCCGCACCUCCGCUGGCAUCGUCAAAGACCACUGCCGGAGAAGUUCCACUGGACAACCAUAACCAACGAGGUGGACCAGCAGGCAGUGGCACGCUAUCGAAAUCUUCAUCCUCUUCGGGGAGCAAGAUAGUGAAUCAAGCGCUAAGCGGAUCGGCGACGAGAAAUAACCCGAUGAACAACGGCGCAGCAAAUACAAGUGCACCAGCAGCAGGUAGUUGUUCAUCGUCGGCCACUGCUGCUGGUGGGAGAAACAAGAACAAAAAGAAGAUCAAGAACUUUCACGUGCACGGAGGCUUAGGUUUGCUGGACAACUCUCAGUCGGACGAUGAAGACAGAACAACGGCAACCAAGGGCGGGAAAGAACAAGGCACCUCGCAGAUGACCUCGUCCACUGGCGUUGGCGGUCAACAUCAGCAGGGACCGCGGCACGGCGGCACUAGAGCUAGUGGCGCUUCGACCUCUUCGUCAAGUAGAACCACGACUGCGGCUGGAAAAACUGCUGCAGGCAAAACAGGAGGACCCGCCGAACCGGGUAUAAUAUUACCAGCAGGAGCUGCGCCAACGGCAGCACCUGCACCUGGGGCCGCAUCUUCAAGCAAGAUGAGCUACAAGGAUCGGCUUCUUCAGAAUCAAAAAGCCACGACCGGAGGCUCAUCUGGAGCUGCACCUUCGAGCAAGAGCGGGCCGCCGUCUAACGCAGCAGGAGCUUCCUCAUCGACGUCCUCCUCGAGUACUUCUAGACAAAAAACAGGGGAGCAGGCGGCCGCCUGGUCCUCUAGCACCACUGCUGGAACUAUUGCAGGAGCGGCGUCUUCGUCGAGAACUUCUUGUGAAGAUUUAACUAGAAAUAAUGGUAAGUUUGGAACAUCAUCAUCAAGCUUCGAUCGCUUUGAAGAUGCGGAUCAAUAUGAUGAACAAGAAGUGCAGAGCUCCCAGGACGUGGAAUCUCUACUUGUGGCGGCCACGUCAACUCUGCGCAGCAGCGGACAGCGGCGGUCGACGCCUCCGCCCUCGUUGACCGCGGUGGCGGAGCACGAGCAACUAAAAGUCGAGGACGAAUUUCCGACGCCUUCACCCGGGUCCUCGUUGAACCUGAAAAACGGGGGAGCGUCGUCGCGAAAAAUUUCCUUGACCGUACUACAGUUGCUAUCUUUAUUGUCAUUGUCUCCACAAGCACCACCGGCUCCUAGCAGCGGUGCCGUUCCAUUGUCCAGUGUGCCGUUUGAUAUUGUCAAUCCGUUUUUAGUGGUCUUUCUCUUCUAGUAGGUGCUGAUGAGAAGUGUGCGUGUCGUAUGUAAGAUCAUUGUCAACAUCAAAUUUAUGCACACAAAAAUAUAAUUCCCAGAUCGUCUGUGACGGUAAUGAGAACCGCAUCGUGUGCGACGGCGCCCUAUCACCGGAGGACAAAGACCUUUUGGACCGCGCGCUGCGCAUUGCUGCGCGAGAGGGCUUGGGGAACACGAGAAACACGAACGGGAGCUUCGGGAGCACGGACAGCAGCGCGGGCAAUAGCUCGACGCAUUCGUCAACACAGAAACCGCAAUCCACCCCGAAUUUGCAGGAAAACAGCAGUAUAUUGCAAGAUAUUCCACCAUUGGAAUCGCCGAACCCGGGUGCAGCGACUGCUGCGGCAACGAGUAGUAGGAAUGAGGAUCGUUCUUCGCAAAUAACCGCGCAGUCAGUUCGUAGUGGACCAAGAGCCGAGGAUCGAUAUCCUCGAAGUACAGGCGCAGUUGGGGGCGGAGGUUCGCCUCCUGGAGGCAACAAGGAAGCAGGAGGCAGCAAGCGUGGUAAGCUACGCAUCAAAAACGUACCUAUGACGUCCGUCGCCUCGGGUAGCUCUAGUGCUUUGCCAGAGCAUGCCGCACAAGGGGAGGACGCUGCAACUUAUCACGAACGUCCUGGAUUCGCGGCAACUUCUUCCACCUCUUCUUCAUCUUCUUCUAGAAACAAUGCAAAGCGGCACGCAGACGGCACCACAGACAGUGGGACCAUGGUUUUGUCCGAUUUCCAGACAAAGCGGCUGUUUCCCCUCGACCUGCCGAGCAAGAUGGAGCCAAUCGGAGCAGGCUGCGUAGACCCUGCUGCUAUUCGGUUCCCAAGCAGCACCACGAGCACCUCGAUACCGCGCACGACCGCGUCCGCUUCGGACCUUCUCUCGCAGCACGAGCGUGCGUCUAGUAGCAGUGGGGGCGGGAGGAGUACGAGGGGAUUGGGAGAGGACCACCUGGAUGGAGGUGUACAGCCUAUUCCACCAAUGGAGAGCAGUAGAGAAAUCAGCUCCACCUCGUCGUCAAGCGGAGGCCAGCACCAGCCGCAGCUGAUAGACCUGCGGACCGGGCAGCAGUUAGUGAUUUCUCAGCAAAAUGAGACGCGGAGCCACAAGCAGACGGCCAGCACGUCAGCCACCAGCAGCAGCAGCGAGGAUCAAGUGAAGCAGGUAGAGACAGGAGUAGGCGUCGUGCCAGGUGGCAGCGGAGGGGGAGCAUCUUCUCCACCGCAUACACAUUCUCACUCGUCACAUGUACAGAAAAGCAAGAAGCAGGGGAUGAGCAACCACAACAACAAAGCUGCCAGUAGCGCGUCGAACCCGCAGCUGGUUGUAACUCAGUCGAGUAAUCUCAGCCAAUUUGGGCCCGGCAUGCUGGGGAACCAAAUUCACACGAACGCGUCGUCAAAAAAGUCCUCAAAAGGCACGUCCUCAUCCGCGCACCAAAGCCCAAACAACGCCUUCGCGACCUCGUCCGGGGCGCCCGCGACAGGUCAUAAGUUUUUUCAGGGCCAGAGUGGCGGACACGGACAUCUUCAGCACCAGUCGCAGCAUGGCAGCAGUAAAGGGAUCAGCUCUGCGAACCAUUCGAAAGCAACUGCCACGGCAAUGGGAACAGCGGCAGUAGCUGCUGGCUCUCCUCUCGCAGCAGCAGCACCGUCCUCCUCGUCGACACAGCCUUCGAUGAAGUUUUCGUCGAUCGCGGCAGCGACAGCGCUGCAGAAAAGAAUAGCGGGGUUGACUAGCAGCGCGUCCUCUUCACUUUCCGUUGAUGCACUGGUGAAGCAGAAAAUCAGUCCACUAGGUGCUUGUCAAAGUCAAAGUAGUGGAGCGAACCUCAUGCAGCUCCACCUCGAUGGUGCACCAAACGCGGAUCAGCAGGAUGGAAGCGCACCAUCUAGUUCACUUUUAUUUCUCGACCACCAGCUGGGCUCAACGUCCGCGCCGGACAUUUUGAACCGAAACUCGACUACAACUGUGAUAUCUGACACCACUGGCACAGACACCGUCUCUCCUGGCCUGAAACCGAUAAACACGGAGGAGUCGCUCGACGCAGACACCACUUGGGGGGCGGAGCUCGGUGCGAGCUUGUCCGGGUCGAUUAAAGAUGCGUGCGGGAAGAAGCCCGAGAAGCUAGACAAAACAGAACUGGCCAACAUUCUGGCGAAAGCCAUGAUUCCCGCAAUACAUAGAGUGUAUCAAUUCAUUUUUUCAAGUCAGAUGCUGUGAGUAGCAGUAGGUGAAAUCAAUAAGAACCUUAACGUAGCUUUUCCGCCGAUGCAUGAUAAUCUUAUAGACCUACGAGAUUAUGUAGUUGUUCUACUUCAUCUCGUUCUCGUCCUGUGGAUGACUUCUGCCACUAGUAGCCUGGUUAAGGUUGCGGCAGCUGUGACAUGAUAAGACUCUAGUACGUGAAGACGAGAACAAGUAGAUCAUGACGUUGCAAUGAAGAAGAUGAAGAACCCGAAAAUCUUCAAAAUUUCAGGCAACGACAGAAGAAGGAGGAGCGGCGACGGCAGCGCGCGGCGAUGUCGAGCACGACCUCGCUUGGGAGCAGUGUCACCUCGGCGUCGAACAUCAUCGCGGGCGCCACCCGAGCCUCGUCCGGCUCCUUGAAGAGCCGGAACUCCUCGGAGGUCCUGGUGUGCCAGUUCGACGAGCGCGGAAACGUCAGUGUCCUGGAACGCAACCAGCACGGCACGAGUAGUAUCCUGUGCAAAAGCAUCGUACUCGUACUAAUCGCAGUCAUGCAAGACAAAUUCUAUUAUGCAAGCUAAAUCAGAAUGACAAAUUCCGUUUGUCAUGCUGAGCUAAUUUGUGUUGCAAUACAACUACGAGUACGAAGAUACUUUUGCAGUUCAUAAGCAGACCCAAGGUUUUCUCCCUCGAAGACCUGAGCCGCAGAAGGGACACGGAGGGAACGCUUGCGGAUGUCAAGUCGGUAUUGAUACAUAUGAAAGAUGAUACUCGGGUGAACCGAAUAGAAAAAAAACGCCAGCCAAUUGCAAUAGCAAUGGCCGCGGUGGUGCACAAAAAUUAGGAAUUCUUGCAAGAAGAAGCAGAAACUUCUUUUCUUUUUGCAGCAUGAGCAUGACGAACAACAUUUCUCUAUGUAGGUUCUUCGCGAAUACCUAGACGGGCAGCGAAAUAGCAGUAGCAAGCCGCUCCGCAAAGCCGCAGACCAGCAGAGCUCCUCGAGCCUUUUCCCUGUGGGUUCUUUUGACGAAUUGAUUCGCGCGGCCAGCAGCACCACGCCAAUGACCGUCUCGGAAAGCUUUCAUGCGCUGGGUUCAGAGGGAAAUUUCUCACGGUCGAGCUCCAUCAUCGGUACAAUGUUUGCGUUUGUGCAUGGCGAAUACAUAGUGACAGUCUGAUUUAGUUGAGUCAACUAAAUGGCAUUGGCAGCUUCUUCCCGAUUCGCUUGUGAUGGCGAGAAAGAUGACGACGAGUCAACAAAUGGCCAUAUACAUAGAAUGCCUCAUUUUGCGUGUGCAGGCACAGGCUGUUAUACGAAUUUUGAUUCGAACGGAAGAAAAAAAAUCUUCUCCUCGUGAUGGCUCUUUACAAAAAAGCAAAAAAAAAUCCACCAGGCUCCACGACGACGAGCGUGGCGGGGGCGGAAUCCGCGUACAAUUACAAGGAGCGCAACAGUCGAGGCCACCGCUUCCGAAAACACCACACCGGGGCCGGCUCGUCGGAGCACAGCUUCCAAAAUUUCAAGUCCUCCUCCAGUAUGCGCAAGGUGAUUGGCAACCACAAGGCCCUUCUUCUUCGCAAGAACGGCCGCGAGAUUGUGGUUUGCAUUCCGGAGGGGUUAGCAGGUGGUGCGAACAGCAACAAUUCCGCCGGGAUGUUGAACACUGCUUCGAACAAAAAUCUGAUGGGCACCAGUACGACCGGCGGUGGCAGCUCGUGCAGCACCACGACAGAGACGGCGGGAACCAGGGGCGCCACAAGCAGGUCGUCCAACAAAAACUCGUCGCAUGGUCCGGGCGUCAAGAAGUUCUCCUCCACCAACUCUUCCUAUGCAUUGCAAAAGUGUUGUGCCAGUAGAAAUCAGAAUCGCAUCACAAAUUUGGUCAGCAUGAACAAUCAAAAUGGAAUUUGUAAUGCUGGUUCCUAACUAACAUGUACAGAGAAAAAUCUGCCAUGCGUGAAGAUUGCCAUUAGUACGAUACUUUUGCACAGGAUGCUUCCCGGGCCAACACGACGGUGCACGAGCAGAGCUUCGAGCGCGAACACGUGCCCUUCGUCAGCGAGAGUCCGAGCAUCGACAUGAAAAGCACUAGUAGGAGUGUGUACAGCAUGCACCCGCCGUCACGAGUCCUCGGCGGGGGGCAGAGCAGCCAACAGUUCAACAACGCGGCAAGUAGCUCGUCAGUGAGCCGGGGCGGGAACAGUAGGACGAUGAACAAGAUGAGUGCUGUGGGGUACUAAAUAAAAUUUGAUUGCUUUGAUAGAACAGAAACUGAAACUACUGCCGAGAAUAUUCAUAAGAAACUGUAUGGGAACCACGAGUUGUUGUGACCUGCGUUCUUCUGACUUAUUGCACUUCGUACUCGCUGUCGCUGCAGAAAUUUAUUUUCCACCGUUGCUUCAACAUACGUUUACGUUAUAUAGUUACUAUCAUCAUUCACGAUCUUCACCUCCCCAGCCCCAUUUCCGAGCGCGGUGGUGGCAACCACGAGAUGAAUAACAAUCGGUCCAGCCGGCGCAGCGGCAACAACCGGAACAAGCACAACCGCAACCAAGACCACCACAACACCCAUAGUCACAGUGGUGGGAAACGGCGUUCGAGCACCAGCAAAAUGUAUGAAAUUAUGCAGCACGGCGAGGAGACGCCGCCUCCUCCACCCCCGUUGCACGCCCCGGCCUACACACCAACCGCGGGCGGCACGCCGCUCCAGGCCUACAUGACCGCGCCAGGGAGCUACGGUCCGCCGCCCGGGCCGGCGCCCCACCACCACCAGCAGUACGGUCCUGCGGCUCACAUCGGGCCUGCUGGUAUCAAAUGUAAAAAUGUCUGGGUCUGGAAGAGUCAUGCUGUUUUUGCAUGACACAGAAGGUCUGGCAUGGAAGCUCUAGCAUCACAGGUUUCGAGAAGCUUCCGCAAUGCCAAUGCCGAAUCCGCAUGACAGAUCCCCCAACUUGGUGACAGAAAGUGGGCAGCUUUUGCUACCUAUGCAUGAGAGAUUUUUCUGUGUUCUGAAAGAGAGUAUGUUGGAAAAAAAAAAAUCUCAAAGAAAUUCUACCGACGGCCUAAAGAGAUUCUCCCUCAAAGACAUUCCUCCUGCGAGAAUAUGCCAGGAAACGACAAGAAGGACACGCCUGGCGCAACACGGGGCGAGCGCAUCAGACGGGGCGCGCUUGGUGGGUUUGUUACCGGUCGCCACCGUCGCGCCGGCGCGCUGGAAGGGCUUGCGCUAGGCCGGGGCGCCAUCGCUAUUCAGCGCCUUGUUGGUGCUAGCCUGGCAUCGGGGCGCCGGGCUGGUUCGCUGCCUUUUAUCUUUCGCUCGCCCCUUUCCUUCGCCAUGGCCGACGUGUUUCAGCCGAGGGAGGCUGCCCCCCUUUCCUAUGAAAUCCGACGCAACGAAACCGCGCGGCGUUGCGUGUUCCAUCGGUUCGUUUUCUAGCCCUGCCCCUCGUUGCAAAUAGAACGACGAAGCUUCCCACCUUCGCUACCCUCUCGCGGUUUUUGCUUCUGACGUGGCACGCCUCAUUCUGUCCAGCGUCGCACUGUUUUGUUUUUGGGCAGCGGCGAGCCUUUGCGUGCGCUCCCGAAGCCUGAAGAGAGGUCGAAGCCGCGCGAGGUCUGUUUGCAAGUGUGACGCGCGGCCAAAUUUUUUGUAAAGUAUUGCCUUGCCCGCGCGGGCCCUCAAAGUUUUGAAAAUAAAAGCUCUCCCCGCCCGUGAUUUUGAGGCCCGCAGCCGGAUCCGGGCGCGGGGGCCGAAAAUUUUUUCUUCGCCCGCACGCAGCGCGCGCGCACCCACGCGGGAGCCGGGGACGGCAUUCAUUCUUCGCCGCCGCUCUCUCAGUUGCGAAAAAUCGUAUUUCGCCCGCGCGGUUGAAGCCCGCGGCCGCCUGUGUGAUAUGUCUUUGGCCGGCGAGGGGCGAAGAAAUUUUGUUUCCUCGCCCGCGCGCUGGCGUGCGCGCAGAUUUUGAUCACUCAGGGUCGGGGCCUACCGUGUUCGGCGUUGUUGCUUGUGCCGGCCGGGCAAAAAAUUUUUUCGCGCUGCGCGCGCGUGCCUUUGUAGCGGUUUCGCAAAAGCGAUCGCUUUGCGCCCGUGCGCGAUUAGGGGCGGACCCGGACAAGGUCGCGGCAUCGCGCUCGACGUUCAUCUUGUGCCGGCUGCACAGAAACGCGCUUGGAGCUACUGCGCCGGGAGUGCGAAGCUUUUUUCCCGCGCGCGGACCCUUUACUUCGCCCGGCCACACUGUUUGGCGCUGCUCCUUUUCGCUUUACGGAAAUUUUUCGUCGCCCGCGCGCCGUGCGCGCGGUGGGUUAGUUUUUCUCAAGGCCGGGGCCAGCAUUGCUGCCGUAUCGAUCGCACGUCAGGCGGGGCGGUGCGCGAGCGUGAGGCCCGCGGCCGUCUCUGCGAUAUGUCUGUGGCCGCCGAGUGGCGAAAAAUUUUCCGCGCCCGCGCGUUCCUGCGCGCGCAGACAUUGAUCAGUGUCGGGGCCUACCGCGCUGGUCCGGUGUUCGUUGUUGCUUGUGCCGGCCGGGCAAACAAAAAAAAAAAAUUCGCCCGCGCGCUGCGCGCGCGGCAAUUUACCAAAGCCGGGGGCAACAUACAUACAGAGUCCGCCCGAGGCCGGUUUGCCGAUCGGGCAGAGUUUUUUUCUCCGCCCGCGCGUUGCGCGCGCGAACCUUGACGAGGGUCGGCGCUGAGGCAUCGCGCUCGGCGCUUCUGUGUCGGCUGCGGAAAAAACGAAAUUUUUCGGCCGCGCGCGAUGUUGGACGGGGCCGCGGCACCUCGUUCGGCGGUUCUUCGCCGGCUGCACAAAAACGCGCCCGGCGCUGCUUCGUCGGGCCCGACGCUGCUGCGCCGGGGGCGCAAAAUUUUUUUCUCGCCCGCGCGCUGCGCGCGCGAUUUUAUCAUGCUGCCGAGCCUGCGCCAGAUUGUUCGGCGCCUCGCCCCCCUUUGCGCUUGGCGAAAGUUUUUCGUCGCUCGCGCGCGGCGGGCUUUCAUGUUUUUCCUCGCUCGCGCGGCGCCUUACCGCCUGACGCUCAGGCGGUAACGCGCCGGGCGGAUUUUUGUCUUUUCAGCUUGGCAAUUUUUUUUUCGGGCUUGAAAAAAUUCGGGGCGCCCAUUUCGCGUAAACCUGGCGGGCCCCGCCCCCCCUCAUUUCGAGCAUGUGGUAGUUGCGCUCUUUCGCAACCCUCCCGGGGCCAAGAUUUUUUCUCUGUUCCUCGACGCAGCAUUUCUGCGAUUUUUCUUCGUCAGUCUCUUUGGGCCCGGCCCGCGGGCUUUUGAAGUUUGAAGAUAGAUUAGGCGGGCGGACUUUUGGGGUAGGGGGUGCGUGCCUUGCCAAGUAAAAAAACGAAGAAAGACGCUGGGCGGGUGUAGGAAUAAGUUGGGGAAGUGCAGCUUGGCUGCAAUUUGGGUGGUAGGUCGGGGCUGUGUAACUCUUCUCUGGAGAUGCGAAGCGGCGCGCGCCUCUUCGCAUCCCCACGCGCACAUCUGUAGCUCCCAGAAAUCGAUCGCUUGUCUGUCGUGGGGCGGGCGACGAUGCUCGUCGCUUCGAGCACGACCGCCAUCUCCUGCAGGUCCGAAACGCGCUUCGGGGUUUCCGGCGCUGGAUCUCCGUGUGAAGCGGAGCCGGACUAUAGAGGAAGGAAUUAGCGACGGAGACGGACUUUAGGGGCCAGCUUUGGGGGGCAAAACUAGCGAUGGAAAGUGGGGUCGGGUGCGAAAGGUCGGGCGUUAGAAGGCCGCGUCGGGCGGCGUGUUGGGGCUUCGUCGUCUAAGAUGGUCUUCUCGGAUUUCUCUCCACAUCAGGAGCCCCCGUACCAGAGAAAUGAGCAGGUGCGUGGACGAGGGGGCCGGAGGCUGUAUCUACCAGGUAGAUACAGCCUCCUGGGGGGGCCUGUAGCUAGGAGGCCUUCUUUGGGAGCCUGUAUCUACCAGGUAGAUACAGCCUCCUUCUACCAGGUAGAUAUAACCUCCUUUGUUUGGGAGCCUGUAUCUAUGUCCAGGUAGAUGCAGCCUCCUUAGAUGCAGCCUCCUUCGGGAGCCUGUAGCAGCUAGGAAGCCUUCUGCUUCUGUGGGAGCUUCUAUCUACCGGGUAGAUACAGCCCGCGCUAGGGAGCAGGGUAGGACUGGCGGCCUCGUCCCCACAGCAUUAGCUCCCGCCGUGGGCGAUUUUCCAGGAUAUUGGUGUUUUUUGCCCGAAUGGUAGUGUUUAGCAUAGCCAAUUCUGGCUACCCAGGGCAGUGGUUGCCCCAGCUGGGGAGGCUCGACAGCAGUCCCCGGCGGGACCGGGCAGGGGCGGGAGGAUGGGGCAGGGCCGCGAGAAUCUCUUUGCCAAAGAGAUUCUCCCUCACCUGUGGAGAAUCUCUUUGUCAAAGAGAUUCUCUCACUCGGCGAGCAAGCACGGCCGCAGGAGAUUAACAAAUAAAAGGCCAGAAACGCCGCUCCUUGCUCAACCGACGUGCCUGCUCAAGUUAACAAUCAAAUAAAAGCCAAAAACCGACGUUCCUUGCUCAACCGACGUGCCUGCUCAAGUUAACAAAUAAAAGCCAAAAACCGACGCUCCUGCUCAACCGACGUGCCUUUUCAGCAGAAUCUCGCACCUUUUCCGGAGAAUUUCUUUAGAUUCCAGAGAAUCUCUUUGAGCCUAAGAGAUUCUCCGAGAUUUUCUUUGCGGCAAGCCUAGUAAAUGUCGAGAAAAAAAAAAUACGGUAGAAAAAAUCGCAAAGCAUCUAGAAAAAAUCAAACCGGGCUCCCACUGUAGAAAAAACCAGUCGGGUGCUUUGAGAAAAAUCGAGAAGAAUGCGCGAAAAAUUUUCUCCGCGCGCGCGCUGCGCGCGCGGCGAGGUUGUUUCUCAGCGUCUCUGCACAUGGGGCGCGCCCCAAUCUCCGUCUGUCGCUUGAAAAAUUUUCUCCGCGUGCUGCGCGCGCGAGUUUCCUGCCUCGGCCUUCGUCUUGGCCGCCGAGUAUGUGGGUGCGGUUCUUCUGCACACAAUGCGCGGCCCCGCCUGGCCGCGUGGCCCGCUUGUCAUGUCGGAAAAAUUUUCUCCGCGCGCUGCGCGCGCAGCGAGGUGUCUUGUCAGCGCUCCCCACACAUGGGGCGCGCACCUACCUCCGUCUGCCGCUUGGAAAAUUUUCUCCGCGCGCUGCGCGCGCGGCGAGAUUGCUUCUUCGCGUUCCCUACACAUGGGGCGCGCCCCCCACCUUCGCCUGUCGCUUGAAAAAUUCUCUCCGCGCGCUGCUCGCGCGGCGAGGUUGCUUCCAAACGUUCCCAGCACAUGUGGCGCGCCCCCACCCCCGUCUGCCCUUUGGAAAUUUCCUCCGCGCGCUGCGCGCGCAGCGAGGUUGCUUCUCAGCAUUGCCCACGCAUGGGGGGCGCCCCCAUCUCCAUCUGCCCCUUGAAAAAUUUGCUCCGCGCGUUGCGAGCGCGGCAUUGCUACCGUUGCCGUCUUCUUGGCCGCGAAGUAUGUCGGCUCGGAUCGUCUGCACCCAAAGCCGCGCGCGUCCGCUUGGUUGCGUGGCCUGCUUUUCGAAAAAAUUUCCCCCGCGCGCUGCGCGCGCGGCGAGGUUGCUUCUUAGGGCCCCCCACACAUGGGGCGCGCCCGCGCCUUCGUUUGCCGCUUGCAAAAUUUUUCUCCGCGCGCUGCGCGCGCGGCGCGGUUGCUUCUCGGCAUUCCCCACACAUGUGGCGCGCCCCCACCCCCGUCGGCCCUUUGAAAAAUUUUCUCCGCGCGCUGCGCGCGCAGCGAGGUUGCUUUUCAGAAUCCCCCGCACAUGGGGCGCGCCCGCAUCUCCGUCUGUCGCGGACUUGAAAAAUUUGCUCCGCGCGCUGCGCUCGCGGCUUUGCUCCCUUUGCCUUCUUCUUGGCCGCGAAGUAUGUUGGCUCGGUUCGUCUACACCCAAUGCCGCGCGCCCCCGCUUGGCUGCGUGACCCGCUUGUCGGAAAAAUUCUCCCCAUACAUUGCGCGCGCGGCGAGGUUGGUUCUCAGCGCCCCCCACACAUGGGGCGCGCCCCCACCCCCUUCUGCCGCUUGAAAAAUUUUCUCCGCGCGCUGCGCGCGCGGCCUUGCUGCCUUCUCUUUGGCCGCCGAGUAUUUGGCUGCGGUUCUUCCGCACACAAUGCGCGGCUCCGCCUGGCCGCGUGGCCCGCUUGUCAUGUCGGAAAAAUUUUCUCCGCGCGCUGCGCGCGCGGCGAGGUUUCCUGCCAGCUGCCCCCACACAUGGGGCGCGCACCCACCUCCGUCUGCCGCCUGAGAAAUUCUCUCCGCGCGUUCCGCGCGCGGCGAGGUUGCUCCUUAGCGUUCCCCACAAAUGGGGCGCGCCCCCGGCUUCGCCUGCCGCUAGAAAAAUUUUCUCCGCGCGCGCGAGGUUGCUGCCCAACGUUCCCCGCACAUGUGGCGCGCCCCCACCCCCGUCUGCCCUUUGGAAAAUUUUCUCCGCUUCUCAGAAUUCCCCACGCAUGGGGCGCGCCCCCAUCUCCAUCUGUCGCUUGAAAAAUUUGCUCCGCGCGCUGCGAGCGCGGCAUUGCUACCUCUGCUGUCUUCUUGGUUGGCCGCGAAGUAUGUCGGCUGGCUCGGUUCGCCUGCGCCCAAUGCCGCGCGCUUCCGCUUGGUUGGUUGCGUGGCCUGCUUUUCGCAAAAAUUUUCCCCGCGCGCUGCGCGCGCGGCGAGGUUGCUUCUUAGCGUUCCCCACACAUGGGGCGCGCCCCCGCCUUCGUCUGUCGCACGCUUGGAAAAUUUCCUCCGCGCGCUGCGCGCGCGGCCUUGCUGCCUCUGCCUUCUUCUUGGCCGCGAAGUGUGUAGGGUUGGCUACCCUGCACCCAAUGCGCCCGCUCCCUCGCUUUGCUGCGCUUCCCGCUUGUCGGAAAAAUUUUCUCCGCGCGCUGCGCGCGCGGCGUGGUUGCCUCGCCGCGUUACCCGCGCCCACCGCGCGCUGCGCGCGCGGCUUUGUUAUUUCUCUUUUCUCGGCCGCGAGGUCCGCUUUGUUUUGCACACCCAGCGCGCCCGCCCCCGCCUGGUUGCGUAGGUGGCGGGCCCGUUGGCCUGAAAGGAAAACGAACUUUGUCCGCUUGCAAGACGAGGCCGCUUCGUUCUCAGCGUUGCCCACACAUGGGGCGCGCCCCCAUUGCCGUCUGGCGCUUCGCGGUGCUGGGGCUUCGCGCAUCGCUUCGCGCGUGCGCGUGUAUUCGGCUUUUCCGCUUCUGGGUGGAGGUCUUUUGAUUUUCCCCGGAGGUGUUUGAUUUUUUCUACCGUAUUUUGGAGGUUUUCGGCCGCUGGCCUCGAAUGGGCGGGACGAGAAGACUUUCGAGAAAAAGCGAGAACUUCGAGAAAAAGUGAGAACUUCUCGAGUUCUUGCCAUUUUCUCGCUUCUCUCGGUUUCGGACGAGUCCCGUUUGAUUUUUUCUACAGCUGUAGAAAAAAUCAAAACGAGGCGCGUGCUUCUUGUGAGAAAAAUCGUCGUCUUUGUGUUUUCUCGUUUGAUUUUCUCUUUGUAUCCUUUCUCUUCUUUUUUCUCUUUUCUUCUCGUUAUGAUUUUCUCUACAUAUUUUUGAUUUUUUCUACCGACACUAGAAAAAAUCAAAUAUUUUAUGCGAGGCGACUGGCAGGCAUGUUCACAAGUUUGUCUGCUUCCAGACCCAGACAUAUUAAUUUGCAUUGGAUAGCUGGGAUCCAGCACCACGGAACCACGUAUUACCCGACACCCGCGCCAACGCCCACAUAUCACAUGGAUCCAAUGGGAAAUUACCAGCAGGCUCUGGGGAACCCCGCGCAGCCGUAUGUCUACAUGCAGGUAUCUAUUGAAGCUUAGAUUUUGACCUAUCAACAGGACAUCGAUGUUGCUGGUGCUUUUAUGCAGUUUGUUGAUGCUGUUAGUGUUACUGGAGCUUGUGCUUUCAAAUUUGCAACUUCCUGUGACUUUGUGAGCCAGAAAUAUAUUUUUACGGAGAGCACGACCAAUCUUGCGCUAUUAACGCUGUGCGCGAUCUUUCGAAGUAGGGUUGUUUGAGCCCAGGUGAAAAUUUUGACAAUGAAAAGAAUGCCGUCGCAUUUCUUUGGUCCUUUUUGUUUACUUCUACGCUCCUACAAAACAAAAGUCAAAUAAGUAUAAAGUGGAAGUGCGUAUCCAAAAAACAAAAAUUGACUCCAGAUUCCGUCGGCUCCCCAGGUGGUUUACCACCCCCUUGGCGGGUAUCCGCAGAUUACGCAGCUGCAGCCAAUGCCGGCCAACUUGCAGCCAGCGCAAGUGCAGCAACUCACGCAACAACCGCCGCCACUAGGGCCACCUCAGCCGCAAAGUAACCCGGCGACGAGUAUCAGUAUAACAAGUCCGAAGCAGCAGCACCACGCUGCUACUUUGAACUUGGUUGCUGCAGGCGGUGGCGCGGGACCACAAAUGCCCUCUUCAAAUAACGCGGCGACACAGCAGCUACUGAAUCCGCUGGAUUUGAUCCCUCUCCCGUCCGGCGGCGACACCUGCAACAGCACGAGCUCUGCGGGAAAUAACAGCACGAUGACCGGGACCACGACCAUCCAUGCGUCCUCCUCCACGUCGUCUGCGGGAGCGCCGGUCGUGGUCCCAGCUGCAGGAGCAGGUUGUGCCCCGCCGCCGAUGGAUCACAUGCAGUUGCUGCAACAGAUCGCGCAGGGGGCCGGUACAACAACUCUCGGCGGUGGAGCUACUGCAGCCGCCUCAUCAACAUCCACCGCACAGCAUCAGCAGCUGCCGCCACAACUGCCGUCCACGGUUGCAGCAGCUGUCGGAGGAGGAGGAGCCCCCGCCGGGGGUGCACCAGGAGCACCCGGCGGGCCACCAGUCCCGCCGAUAAAUCCGCAGGAGCUCUUGGGUUUGAUUCCGCGAGAGCACCAACUAAUCGGCACCAUGGACGCGCGGGGCGGUAUCACGUUCUUCAACAACGCACUGCAGUCAUUGACUGGUGGACCUGCAGCGGGAGCUCCGCCCUCUGGGGGUGCGCGUGCCGCUCCGGCAGGCGCGCCGGGUGGUGCAGCUGGCGGGGUGGCUCGGACUGGUCCAGGGUAACAAGUAGGCCGAGGAGCACUGAGUUGUUGUAGCGACACGAACAAAAGAAAAUUAAAAAAAAACUGCGACCUUUUAUGAUUUCGAUUUCCACCAUUUCGUGGCGGUGUCGAGUCUACUUAUUGUACCCCGCAGUUUGAUAUCGUAAACGGAAAAGUUAGCUUCUCGCAUGGUAUUUCUUCCCCGAAAUUAUACUAAAUUGAAUAUCAAUACAACUAUGAAUUACAGAUAUACAAAAGCUUGCGCAAGCGCUUCUCAGUCACAUUAUUUUUUGCUUCAGUAUUGACGCAUUUUUCUUCAGUAUUCUUGUCUUUAUUCCAAUUUUCAACUUUAGAAAUAACAACUCACAGUAUGCAAAAAUACAGUAAAGGUCAUUGCACUCAGAAACAAAACGAGUACCAGAAAAAUUAGACACGAUUGGAUCGGAGACUGGGGUGCUUGCUCUUGUACGAACUUUUCGCGUGCUUAUCCAUGUGAAAUGUUGUCAACCAUCUUCUAGUCUUGCUAUCCUUUCAGCUCCCAUUUUUACACACCAUAUUUGCAACAGUUAAUUCGACGCCAACAUCAACAAGCUCAGGCACGGUAAGAUUUUAUUCUAGUUCAUUGCUUCUUUAGCUCAUCUGUUGUAUUUUUCCAGACAACCUGAAAGCUUUUUCAGGUCCGCCGCCCGAUCCUGAGCCGAAGGUAUUGCACCUCAGUACGCGCGGGUCGGUGGUUAAAAGCGAAACUGCCUUUCUUCAUCCUUUCUCAAAAGCAUAAGUCUUUUGCGGAAGGUUUUGUUCCUGCGGAGUGAGUGGAGGAAUUGGAUCAUUGAUAGGCCGCUUUCAGCAGGAGCAUGGUGGGGACGACAGCAAAAAUCAACUGUCGCAGAAGUAUAUCGAAUUUUUCAAUAACAAGCGCAGCUGCAACAUCUUCAAGCUGCAGUGCGACGCACAGUACAUUGAAUAAAUGAACAACUAAAAGUACAACAACUACAACCAUCUGCAGCGGAUGCGGAGGUUGUGUUUGUCGGAAAACAAUUACUUCUUACGACGACGGGCACGUCCAUCUCGACCACGUCGAGGACGUGAUGAUGCUUAUCAUCAUCAUGAAAAAUGAAGAUAGGAAGUGACGUAAAAAUUACUCGGGUGAAUGAUACCUCGACGGGCGGCAGCAUGAGGGCUAGAAUGAAAAUAAAACCUUCUUCUGGGCUCACCGGGCUCCUCCGGUUGCUACGUUUUUGAUUUUGGUACAAAAAAAAGACCACUCAAAAACUGCGAGCAUCGGUUAGGAAGAACAAAGAAGUGAGAUAUGAUUACAGGACCGCCUCGGAUUCAAUUCUCAUACAACAAAUGUACUUGACUCUUUAUGUAAACUCCGUCUACUCUAUCACAACCACCAGACAGUGCAAUAGCUUCAAUUUCUUGAAACUCACUCCGGACGAAGGGAGCACGCAGGAAGAGCAGCAUUUCUAACUCUUCGUGAAUGCUUAGAACAAAUGUAUCCAAAAUUUUUCAUUGAAAUAAGAAGCGAUAAGAAGACAACUCAUCAAACAAAGCUAAGCAAGCGAAGAACCGUCUUCAAGACCCCGAGGCAACACGAC